GAAGGCGGAGAGAAGCUGAGGAGGGACGCCACGGUACCGCGGGCACACCGGCGAAGCUACGACUACGGCGUCUCUUUGCACAGGACGAUAACGUCAAGAGCACAGGACACUCCUGGGGAGCCCCUGCUAGCUGAAGAAGAGGAGGUUGAAGGAAGGGGAGGGGGCAGUUACUCAGAAACUACCAUCAGGAUUACAGGGAGCCAGCGUCACAGCAGCUUUCACCCAGAAGUUGACCUUCAGAAGACGUUAUGCUGAUGUCUUAAGCUGAGGGAGACUUCAUCCUCGACCUGUCACUCGUCUCCAUUUGAUAUUCCCCACCUGGUCUGCUCUCCAUCAGUCACCGAGACCAACAGCAACCACCGCCACCUCCACCUUUUCCCCACCCCCCUCCUGCCCGGCCUGUCGUCACCAUGACGUCGGAGCUGGAGAGCAGCCUGACUUCCAUGGAUUGGCUUCCUCAGCUGACCAUGCAGGCGGCCAUCCGCAAGGCGGACGCCCAGAAUGCCCAUGGGCCAGGCAUGGGCAAGAAGAGUGCCCUACUGGAUCCUAACACCACGCUGGACCAGGAGGAGGUGCAGCAGCACAAGGACGGCAAGCCGCCCUACAGCUACGCCAGCCUCAUCACGUUUGCCAUCAACAGCUCGCCAAAGAAGAAGAUGACACUGAGCGAGAUCUACCAGUGGAUCUGUGAUAACUUUCCCUACUACAGGGAGGCGGGCAGUGGCUGGAAGAACUCAAUACGGCACAAUCUGUCAUUGAACAAGUGUUUUCUCAAAGUGCCUCGCUCCAAAGAUGACCCAGGAAAGGGAUCUUACUGGGCCAUCGACACCAACCCAAAGGAGGACGCCUUGCCUACACGGCCAAAGAAGAGGCCGAGGUCUGGAGAGCGGGCUUCUACGCCGUACAGCCUGGAGUCGGAGUCUUUGGGGAUGGAGUGUAUGAUCUCUGGAAGUGCCUCUCCAACGCUGGCAAUCAACACUGUGACUAACAAGGUGGCGUUGUACAACACAGACCAGGAAGGGAGCGAUAGUCCAAGAAGCAGCCUUAACAACAGCCUGUCUGAUCAGAGUCUGGCCUCUGUCAAUCUCAACAGUGUGGGCAGUGUGCACAGCUAUACACCGGUGACCAGUCACCCAGAGCCCGUGUCCCAGCCUAUGAGCCUCCAGCAGCCCCCCCAGUCCCAGUACAACAUGCCAGACAGGGAUAAGCAGCUCCUGUUCUCUGAAUUUGAAGAUCUCAGUGCCUCCUUCCGCAGCCUUUACAAGUCUGUUUUUGAGCAGUCCUUCAGCCAACAAGGUCUGAUGGGCAUACCGUCAGAUUCCUCCCAGCAGACCCACACCUCCUGCUCCUAUCAGCACUCCCCCAGUGGCACCAUUAGCACUCAGAACAGCCUGUCAAACAACCAACCCAACAGCCACCCCAACAGCCACCCCGCCAACAGUGGCCAGGUGCCCCUCUCCCAUCCUGCCCAAGCCCACCCCGGCCACGGCUCGCCCCACGCACAGCACCUUCCGCAGCACGGCGGCCCCCACAACCAACACAACCAACACAGCCAACACGCCCAGCACAGCCAACACAGCCAACACAGUCAGCACCCCCAGCACGCUGCGCACGCCCAGCACGGGCAGCACCCAUCACAGCACCCGUCCCACGGCCAGCACCCACAGCAACACACGCCACACCCCUCCCAACACACGCAGCACAGCCAGCACCCUUCUCAACAUGGACAGCAGCAUCAGAGCCUCUCCCACCAGCCCCAUCCUACCCAGCAACAGAUGGCCUGCAACACAGGUUUACUGUCUGACUGGUACCCAAAUCUGGAUGCACUGAAAGAAAGCUGUCGUAUUGCUAGCAGCUAUAACUGGGCUGAUGUCGACCUUUCACCUUUCCAAGGAUUAAGAGAGAGUAUGAGACAAGCGGAGUUGAACAAUUGGUCCCUGGAACCCACCCAGAUUGCAGACCUCUGCUCAUCCAUCAACCAGUUUUUUGCCCGCACCGGUGUAAUCCAGCCACAAGGGGCAGUGCAGCCUCCUGUUUGUCAUGGCUCAAUGCACCCCAACAAACCCAGCCAGCACAUCAACACAGGAAAUCUCUACAUGGACUCCAGACAGAGCAUGUCCAUGAUGGGUCCUCCAGGAUACCCCCACAUGCCCCCUAUGAGCAGCACAGGACCCACAAUGACAGGACACCAUGCACAGAUGAACCAGCAGCACAUGAUACCUGCCAGAAACUUCCAGAUGCAUCGCAUGCCAGCUGAUGACAUCCAGGAUGACUUUGAUUGGGACUCCAUUGUCUAACCCCGAGACCUCCUUUUGCAAACAAAAGGGAGCGAGGAGAGGAGGUGGAAGCCAGAGGAAGCCAGGCUGAGCUGAAAGGCCGCAGGAGGAGGAGGAGGAGGCCGCUGUGGGCGGGAUGCAGAAGAACAUUUGACACGCUUUGGAGAAAGACAGACUUCAGAGUCCUGACAUUUUUACAAAAGCAAAGCAUAACUAGAAAAUGUUACUUUGAAGACAAUCAUAUUUAGUCGGACAUGUUAAAGUGAUUGCUUAUGUACUUGUCUAAAGACGAGUAGAACACAUUCACGUCUAAACCACAUGCUCCUCAGCUCCUCAGCCAGCCCUCUCCCCGUCCCUAGCCAGCAGCCUUCCAAAGUCCGAGCCCCUCUCCCCCCCGACCCCCUGCUCCGUAACUGUUAUGUGAUUUGAGCGACGUGUUCAGCUUGUAAUUCUUCUCGUGUUGACAUUGGCCUCAGCUGCCUCUUGGAUGAGUUUACAUCUCAUCAAUCUAUCAUCUAUCUCUCUGAAAAAAAUUAUUUUGUUUUAUUUUUGUUUUUAAGAAACACAGGCCGUCUCUGUGAGUAAUGUGAUGGUGCUCGUUGGUCACUUUUGGGAGAAAGUGGGCCCCCACGUUGUCUGAACUGGUGGUAACGUUAGGUUUACAAUAAGCGAGGAACAGGGUGUUAAAUGUUUAAGCAGGCUUGGUAUUCGAGGGAAAGCGAGAGAGAGAUCACAGAAUGUUUCGUGAUCUGUUUUCAUAGCCAACCAAUGUGAUCAGGCUCACUGCAACAGACCAAUUAUGGGAGUACAGCAGCUUUUUUCUUUCUUCUUAGUUCUCCGUCUCAAGCACUUCAGGAUGAGUGAUGAUGAUGAGUGUGAGGGGAAGGUGAAAGCAGGGAAGUCAGACAUUUUUUUGUCUUUUUAAAGUCAUUCAACCCGAAGUAACUCAAGGUUUGGUGUUGGUCAAUCAGUGCUUUACCAAUCAGAAGCUGUUGUAGCGUUAAAUAACAUUCACAUUUUCAAGCUUGUUUUAAUGGUAAAGUUCGUCAGUUUUAGAUGAGUAGCCUAUUGAUCAUUAAACAAGCCUUCAUCAUUCAGAAAUAAUGAAAUGAUUAGCAAUACAGUCUGAUAUUGGUUAAACCAGUAUAACUGACUGGUUAAAGCUUAUCACCUGUGUGUAGGUACAUGUCAGCCAAUAAAUAAGUCACAAUAUAUUGCAGUGCAGAAAUGUCAACGAUAAUUGAUUUGUUGAUUUUCAAACUGUUAAGUGUCCCACUCACCACUCGUGGUCACAUUUCUUCAAAAAACUAUAUAGACAAACUUCAGAAAAUACAUUUAUCAUUGUCUGAUCUGUGUAAGCUUUCAAAUAUUUAUAUUUGUAUCUGCCUCAACAAUCAAGUAUCAGUUGGGCUCUGCUUUGCAAGCGAGUUUUUGUUAAAAUGAACUGUUCAAGUCAGUGGGGUUUGGUCUUAUUAAAGGUAUAUUCCAGCAUUUUGGGAAAUAUGCUCAUUUGGUGUUUUGUCAAGAGUUAGAGGGGGAGAUGUUAAAUACAGUAUGAAGCCACAGGCAGGAUACAGUUAUCUUAGCGUAGCAUACAGACUGGAAAUGGAGAAACAGCUAGCCUGGCUCUGUCUAAAUGUAACAAAAAUCUGCCCACCAGCACCUCUAAAGCUCAUUACAAUAUAUCUUGCUUGUUUAAUCAGGGGUAUUACGGUGGGUUAUGUGUUCCUGGAGAUAUAAUGUGCUAAAUUGUGAGCUUUUGAGGUGCUGGUAGGCUGAUUUAUUACAUUUAAACAGAGCCAGGCUAGCCUUUUCCCUCUAUUUGCAGUGUUUGUGCUAAGCUAUGCUAAUUGUGUGCUGGAGGUGCCUUCUUAUUUACUGUACAGAUUUUAAGAUUAUUAUUAAAAAUGUAUGCAAACCAUAUUAAAAUAAUGUAUACUGGUGACAGUAAAAAGUUUGCUUGCAAUGUUGAGAGUAAUGGUCUCAAGCUUCACUGACUGGAAACAUUGCUUAUAGACUAAUAAAAUAAAUAAAAAAGCUAGUAGCAGGCUCUCAUACUAGUGUCCCAAAGAGAAAGAAUUGGUGUGAAAGCUUCUUAAAUACGCAAAUACUUUGAUUAAUGAUCAGUAGGAUACACAUCAGAUGUUGAACUUUCCAUGUGAAAAUCGCAGCACAGGAUGAGCUUGACUGUACGUGUCUUUGAUUUGCAGAAUGAGUUACAUCCACAUUCAUGCCUUUUUCCACCUGUUGUGCAUCAAAGUGAGUUUCCGAUGCUACACUCAGUGUUUAUUCUCACUUCUGGCAUUUAAAUUGUGGAGCUAUACAUUUUUAACUGGCCAAUGUUGUGAUGGUUCGAUAGCGUAAGAAUUUGCUAUUGUACAGUCAUAACAACAACAGUGUGUGCAUGAGUGUGAGAGUGCACGUGUUGUUUGAACAUAUGUUGUGUGUGUGUGCACUUUGAUUUUAUUGUAAUUUUAGGGCUAUGAUUGAUUGCUGCAAUCAUCUCUACGCUAUCUGUAAGCACAAAAGCAGAUGCACACAGUGAUGGAAGAGUAGAUUUAAGACAUGCAUUUAUUGUGAGAAGGGUUUCUGAAGCACAGAAAAAGUAGAUCAGCGGUUCUGGAAACCUCUCCUCUGUGUCCUGUAACAAGUGGCUCCUCAGUCAGACAGGUGCUGAACUAUAGAGACAUGUUGUUUUUAAAAACAAACAGACAAAAAAAAAAAAACCCCAUGCCCUUUGCACAG